GUGAACGUGAUAGAUUUGGUAUGGCACGUAUACCUGCCUUUGAUCGCUAAUUACUUCAAAUUAUAUUAUGAAUCGUGAUUUUAAUUUUCAAUUGAAAACAAUCUGAAUGAAAUAAAGCUUGGACGUGAAAGUCUGAUGCCUGUGACGUUUAAAAAUGAUGCAUUUACAACAUGACAUUGCCUGUUGCAUUUCUGUUUUAUUUAUUUUAAGUUUUGCUAACGCCAAUUACCAAGAUUUUUCUAAUUUCGAGAAUGUAGGACCACGCAAUAGGGAUGACGAAUUCAGCGAUGAUAAUGAGAAUCCAAUACCUUCAUUACAUGACAAUGGGCAUAUAUCACAAAAUGCAGUGGAUUCUGAGGUACAUUCUGUGGAUGUGUUAGACAAAAAUAUCGUAUGGGAUUCCCACUGGGCUAGUAAUUUGAAAUUUGGUCAGAUAUCAGCAGUGUCUAUAGAUCCAAAUGGUAACAUAGGAAUAUUUCACAGAGGUUCAAGAAAAUGGGAUCAAACUACAUUCGAUAUAAAUAAUAGAUUUAAUCCAGAUAAGGGGUCGAUUCAAGAGAACACUGUAAUUCUUUUGGAUAAGUCUGGAAAGAAACUGUUAGAAUGGGGUGCAAACAUGUUUUAUUUACCACACGGUUUAACGAUUGAUUCGUAUGGAAAUUAUUGGAUAACUGAUGUUGCCUUACAUCAGGUUUUUAAAUACGAUGCUAAAGACAUAGCAAUGAUGAAAAAUAUGGCAAAAUUGAAGAAAAGACAAUAUAACCAGGAAACAAUGUUCCUUGAUAAUCAUAGAUUUAAUAGUGGGCUAGAAAGUCAAGCUCUUAAGCCAUCACUCGCUCUUGGAGAUGCUUUUGAGCCUGGAAACAAUGAAAGACGAUUUUGUAAACCAACAGCAGUUGCUGUACAGAAUAAUGGUGAUUUUUUUGUUAGCGAUGGUUAUUGCAAUUAUAGAAUCAUUAAGUUUAAUGCAAAAGGGGAAAGAAUUUUACAUUGGGGCAGAUAUUGGAACGGACAAGGAAGCAUGUAUGCACAAAGUCCACCAGUGAAUGCAUUUUCAACACCACAUGCUUUAGCUCUUGCUCCAGAAUACAACUUAAUUUUUGUUGCUGAUAGAGAAAAUGGUAGAGUUCUAUCUUUCUCCGCGAAUAAUGGAACAUUCCAGAAAGAAUAUAAGCAUCCUACAAUUGGUACAAAGAUUUACAGCGUGGCUUAUGCUAAAGAUAAGCUUUAUUUGAUCAAUAGUUCGGAAGGAAUUGAUAAAGUGCAUGCACAAGGCUUUGUUCUUGAUGUAAAUUCAGGAAAUAUACUAUCCAUAUUUGAACCAAAUCAUAAUAUGGAGAGACCUCAUGAUAUAGCUGUGACUGAAAAUGGGUCUGAAAUAUAUAUAGUGGAUUUGGACUAUCACACUGUAUUCAGAUUUUUGCAAGGUAUAAAUGCUUCGAUGCAAACUGGUAAUUUAGUGAUGAAAAAUGCUCGUCAUGAACUCGCACCUUUAACGGACAGUAACUCUAACAAUCCUUCUACUGGAGGUACUACAACAGCAACAUUAGUCUUAUCCCUUGUUACAGCAGCAGUCAUUUUUAUUGCCUUCUGUGUAACAAUUGCUGCAGUUGUAGCAAGAUGUCAAAAAAGAGGAUGCUUAUUAAUAAUGCGAAAAAGAAUGCGCUGGGAAGCUGAGAGGCGAGAAAAUUUUAAACUAUCGAGUCUUUUGGAUGGCAGAAGGAGCAAGAGCUUCAAGAUAUUGGAGAAACGGCCGAACCCAAGAGAUUUCAAAAAAUUGAACACAGAACCAGAAACAUCGGAGGACGAACAUCCGGAGAAUAGUUUUACGAGGGUUAUUUAAUGGGAUCGAUCAUUUUUGACAUGUUAAGCGUACAAUUUUAAAAGUUUUACCUUAAACUCCAAUCAGUCAAUCUGCUUUUCCGUUUAACCUGACGACCGUUGCUUGCAAAUUCAAACGUGGGACGCCAUCACUUACUAACUUCACAUCUGUAUGUUCAAAUUGCGAGGUUCUUUGACGUACGCCUCACGAUUGUUGCCUUCUAACACAAAAACUAUCAUGUAUCAUUCGUUCAAUUAAGUAUCUGUAGUUAUUUUAAUUAAUGGGAAUCAAUGUAAUUGCAUAAAUUUACCUGUAUUAUUCGGAG